AUGUCUUCCAAGUGGGCGUCAGAUGACGAUGGGCAGGAUGACGCCGGCAACGGUUCCCCUCUAACUCCCAACUCGCCGCCGUACGAGCACAAAGAUAGCGGAAGCGGCGGCGGCAGGCGCUCGCGGCGUCCCCGGCCCGGACGAGACGACAUCGACGCAGCAGCGGCUGAGAAGGACAGGCCGCCGGUGAAGACCGUGGCGGGGGGAUGGGAGCUUGACGGUGCGGGAUCUGCCAGUAGUGAAGCGCAGAAAAAGUCUGGAGGCCAAAAGACGACAACACAGCAGAAGCCAAUUGAGGGCGGGAGCAAUAGGGCCAACAGGCGAAACCACUUCGACAAUGAAGAAACUGAGAUCCUUGUGAUCCCCGACCUGGAGGAUGAGGGAGAAGAAGACGUCGAAACAAAAGUUGCCGCCGCUCCGCAAAACACAACGAGACGGGUGCCUUCUCUGCGGGAGCUAGACGAGGAUCUCAAGUACGCCAUUCCAUCUGGCGCUGAUGGACUCGACAUGAGUCUGUUGACCAAAACCCUGGUUCCGUCGGAGAUGCUGGAAGAGGAUGACAGCCCAUGGGAGUUCGACAGUCUGCUGCAGUCCGUCACGCAAGAGUUCAACGCAGAGAAACGGUUGGCGUUCCGCGCGAAGCUUGGAACCGACGAUGAUGGAAGCACCGCGACCACUUUUGAAAGGCGGUCAAGUUCGCAGGAGCAGGGGGGGUCGCGACGAUCAAGCCGUGCCCUAGUUGCUUGA